AUGCGCUUAAACAACCGUUGGACCAGAGCCGUGAGCGACUGGGUUCCCCGCGAUAUUAAGCGCACUACAGGAAGACCGCCGACCCGAUGGUCAGAUUUCUUCACGAAGUCCUUGAAAGAAAAAUAUGAUGCUCUUCGUGUCCCACGCGAAAAGAGGAACCACUGGGCUACUCUGGCACGCGAUCGGGACAAAUGGAAGAAUUACUGGCGCCCGCUCGACCAGUUCGAAGAUCAACGGGAGUCAAGGUGA